AUGAAAAGGGAAGGAGAAAGUGGGGAAGGGGGAGCAGAAAAGGAGGAAAAUUUGGGAGAAAAGUUGAGGAGGAGGAGAGGGAAAAGCAGAAGUGGCCCAAGUACUCCAGUAGUGUCCUCAUGGAGACUUUGCCCUUUUGGCCAUAAUACCAUCAUUAAAGACCCUCACCUUACCAGUAACACUACCACCUCCUCUGUCUCAGCUAGAAAACUAGCUGCUGCUCUUUGGGAGUUUCAAAACUACCACUAUCUUCCCCUCUCAAAGAUGCACAGAGCUCCUCACAAUAAUGGUGGUCCUGCUGCUCCACCUCCUAGGUUGAGACAUCUUCAGCUCCACCACCACCUCAGCAAAGACAAGGGUCUUGAUCUGUCUAACUUUUUGGCCGAUAAUUCUCCCAGUUCUCCUGACCAGCCAGAAAGUGCAAGCAGUUUGGGGAGGCAUAUUGCUGCAUCAUUGAUGCAACACCAUCGAACCAUCGAAAGAAACAAGUUGAACAAUCACGUCUUGCAGCCUGUAUCUCCUGCAAGCUAUGGUAGUUCCAUGGAGGUGGCUCCUUAUGACCCUGCAGUCACUCCUAGCAGUUCUUUAGACUUUAAGGGAAGGAUUGGUGGAUCACAUUAUAAUCUUAAACCAUCUACGGAACUUCUGAAAGUCUUGAACCGAAUUUGGAGCUUGGAGGAACAGCAUACCUCCAAUGUAGCAUUAAUAAAAGCGUUGAAAGCAGAGUUGGAUCAUGCCCGUGUCAAGAUCAAAGAGUUGGUUCGGGUGCGGCAAGCUGAUCGACAUGAGCUAGAUGAUUUGAUGAAGCAAAUUGGAGAAGAUAAACUAGUUAGGAAGAGCAAAGAACAGGAUCGAAUCCAUGCUGCAGUUCAAUCUGUGAGGGAUGAGCUAGAGGAUGAGAGGAAGUUAAGAAAACGAUCAGAAAGCCUACACAGGAAGUUAGCGCGGGAGCUUUCUGAACUGAAAUCUUCUCUUUCCAAUUCUGUGAAAGAGCUUGAAAGAGAGAGAAAAUCAAGGAAGUUGUUGGAAGAACUAUGUGAUGAGUUUGCUAAGGGAAUAAAAGAAUAUGAACAAGAGGUGCAUUUUUUAAAACAGAAAUCUGACAAAGAUUGGACUGGAAGAUCUGAUCGUGAUCGAUUGAUUCUCCAUGUUUCUGAAUCAUGGAUGGAUGAACGGAUGCAGAUGCAGCUAGAAGAAGCCGAGUGUGGUUUUUCAGGAAAGAACUCAAUAGUGGAUAAAUUAAGCCUUGAAAUAGAGACCUUCCUUAGAGCUAAACAUAUGAGCACUCUUAAGAAUACUGAAAACUUGUUGCCAAGGGAUCGUAAGAACUCACUGGAAUCUGCCCCUCUGAAUGAGGCUGUGAGUGCUCCUCGAGACAUGGGUGGAGAAGAUGAUUCUUUAGGCAGUGAUUCAAAUUGUUUUGAGCUCAAUAAGCCAACCAACAGUGACUUCAAAUUGCAUGGGGAUGAAGCUGUGGAUAAUCAUAUUGAUGAAAAGUUGAAAUUGGAACCCUCAAAGAAAAAACCUGAAAGGGUAAGAAGCCGUACUCCCUCCAGCUUGCAAGUUAAGUUUGAAGAACAGAUGGCUUGGGCCAUGUCGUGCAAUGAAAAUGAUAAGUCCCAGAUAGUAAAUAAAGAGCAGGGGAAAGCAGAAGAAGGGAAGCCAACCGAAAUAAGCAUACCCCAAAAUUCUGAACAUUGUGAAGCCACAGAAGACGAGACUUACAGAAAAGGAAAUAAACAAGAUGAAAGCCAGGUUUCUAAUUCAAAUCACAUGGCUGAAAACCGUAUAAGAAGUCAACUUUUGAUGUCAGAUGUUGGGCAUGUACAUUCUGAAAAUAACUACAAUGAGGCUUCCUGCAGUAAUAUUGGACGGAGGAACCAGCCAAGUCCAGUAAGACAGUGGAUGGCACGACUGGCAUCCCCGGUUCGUGACAUGUCCGAAGCUUCUUCAAAGUUGCCCCUGCGGACAAGGGAGAACACCUUGAAGGCAAAGCUUCUUGAAGCAAGGUCGAGGGGACAACGUUCGCGUUCAAAACCUUCCAAAAACACCUCUUGAUCUUCUUAGGAGAUGUUGGCUUGAACACUCUGAAAGGGUUUGCUGAUCCUGCAUUGCCUGCUGGUUGUGGGGAUUUGCUUCUUGUGAAUAUUUCCGUGACACUCUUUUGAUAUGGAUAUCUUUGUUCUCACUCAUUAGAGUUCUGUUUCUCCAUCUCUGGUAGGUUUUUAAAGAGAAGUCUGUAUAUGAGUGUAAUGUUAAAACGUUCCAUAGCCUACACAGAUCAUAAAGAGUUGAAGACCAACAACAAUUUUGAGUUAUGCUUUCUGGCCGUAUAAUGUGCCAUGUAAUGUAGGUUGGGAAAGGAAGUUAAGAAAGUUGAGGAAAGAAAA